GAUGAGAAAUCUUUUAUGGAUGUUUUGUUGGGUUGUCAAAGACUACAGGUUUCUUUGCCAAGAUCAAAAUCAAGUGCACAAAUAAUUCAGGGAUUAGUAAAUGAUUUAGUUGAAUAUAUGCAAGAAUUUUUACUUCAAUCAUUUGAUCUUAUAGUUGCAUCAGAAUCAUUUAAAUCACAAGGUAAGGGUCUAGCCUUGAAUCUAACACUAAUAGAAGAUAUCUUUCCAACUGUUAUACAUACUUUAUCCGCCGACAUUGCAAUACAAACUUAUUUAAAUCUGAAAGAACUAGUAAAAAUUGUUACUAGCGAACAGAUAUUUGACGAAAAUUCUGGACAGAGAGAAGAACAAGAUAAGUGGAAUCUGGUAAGCUAAAU